AUGCGCUGCGACACGACACGGCCCGGCCCGGAUCGGCCCGUCUGUGGGGCGCUUAGGGCCGGGGGAAGGCAGCUGCUGCCGGGCCCCGGGCUCGGAGGGAGCCCCGGGAGCGCCUGCAGCUGCAGCUGGGCCCGGCCCUGCCCGAGAGCAGUGAUUAAAAAUGAGGUGAUUGCACUAAAUUUUGUGAGAGGCAAUAAAGGGGUUGGAAAGACUACUUUGAUCCAGAAAGUCACUCAAGCUCUAAAAUCCUCAGGUGUUCCCAUUGAUGGAUUUUACACACAGGAAGUUAGAGAAGGUGGCAGGAGAACAGGAUUUGAUGUUGUCACUCUGUCUGGAAACCGAGGACCUUUAUCUAGAGUCAGUCCCAGUUCUGAUUCUUCUGCUUCAAGACGUGAAUACCGGGUUGGACAGUAUGUUGUAGACCUUGUUUCAUUUGAGCAGUUGGUUCUACCUAUGCUGAGAAAUGUGAACCAUGGUGGUGACACAGAGAAAAGAAUUUGUGUCAUAGAUGAGAUUGGUAAAAUGGAACUCUACAGCCAGGCUUUUAUUCAAGCUGUUCGUCAAACGCUGGCUGGCUCGGGGACUGUGGUGCUUGGAACUAUUCCAAUACCUAAGGGAAAGCCAUUGGAUCUUGUUGAAGAAAUAAGAAGUAGAAAAGAUGUUAAAGUGUUCAAUGUUAGUAAGGAAAACAGAAACAGCAUUUUGCAAGACAUCUUGGCAGCUGUGGAAUCCUGCAGAAAAUGAAGACCUUUUUGGUCCUGUAAACACUAAAGCUUUCAUUUCAACAAAACAUGACAACAUUUCACGGAUGGUUUAGACUCUGUCCUUCCUGUUUUAGUCCUCUGGAGGCUUUACUGGAGCCUUCAGGGUAAAGCAGGGUAAAGCUGGUAAUACUCUAAAAUGGGAUACCAGGAUUAUAAUUUAUUCAGUUCACUGAAUUAAAAAAAUUGAACAGAUGUGUAGCUAACAUCCAGUUCUAAUCGCGGUGUUUGGAAGUUGGGUGGUCAACUCUGAUCUGAGUUACCUCAUGUGAAAACAAUUAACUGUAAAAUCUGUUUGAGAUCUUAAGUCUUUCUGAGUAUGUUUGGACUGUUCUGCCUACAGAUCAAUUCAAUAUCUGCAACAUAGCCCUGGUGCAACAGAGCAGAACCCUGUCCGAAAUGUGUAUGAGUCCUGCCUGGUUUAUGUAGGAAUAUUUAGGUGUUGGUGUCCCAGCUUAGGUGUGUUCAAGUGUGUUUUAGCAUGGGUGCUGACAAAUCAGCAGGUAGAGGGAAUAAGCAGAUGUGCUCCCUCCUCCUACCCCCAGGCACUCCUGUCUGCAGUUGCAGUAUAAGAAGGGUUAUCCAGAGUUUGAAGGAAACUUCCUGUAGUCACAAGUGACACAUACAGAAUUCCGUUUUGGGAGGAAAAAUAGCCAAAUCUACCCUCUCUUACAUGGCCCAGACAGUAAUUGAUAAGAAGACUGCAUUUUGAAUUAGUUUUCAAUUUUCUGAUGGCAGUCCUAUCCCACACCUCCUUACAAAUAAUAUAUAUAAAAGUCCUCAAGUGCAUAAGGUUCAUCACAUCUGGUGUUUUUCAUGCUGAGUUUGUUAAGUCAUGAUUGACUUUAUACCGCAUUUGUCUAUAUUAAUUUUACAAUCUGUUAUGUUUAUUGAUACUUAUGUUUGUUUGGGUUUUUUUUCUUUUUCGAUUCUGUACAUGCUUAAUGGUGAAAUAAGAAGUGUUUGAGAAUAUUAGACAAUAUAUUUCCCUGUGAGGGGUGCAAUGUGUGUUCAGCAAAAGUGCUGCCAGUUAAUCAGUUUUGCAUGUUGUGAAAACAGAAAUCCCUCCCAGGUGCACACUGUUCAUUGUAAAAUUUAUGGUCAUCUUUGGCUGAAGAGAGUUGUUAAAAAUUCAGUUGUUUUUUUUUUUUCUGUUCAGUUUAAUGACUGUUAAAAUGUGCAAACUAUUUAGAAACAUCUUGAAGUACCAUUUUCUUGAUUUAUUUAUGUGAAACUGACACCCAGAGUUGUAUAGGGCUGGAUGGGGACAGGUAUUUUUACACAUGCCCUGCAAACACCUCCUAGGAGCACGGAGGGAAUGUCCUUUUUCUCUCCUGUAUACAGAACAAGGGUCUGGUACAAGCAUAGCACCUCCACAGGGGUUAAAGGAUGCCUUGGGCUCAUUCCCUCACUGCCUUUUUAGGACUAUCCAUCUGCCCAAAUCUAUUUGGAUGGUGGUACUUUCUUCGUCAUAUUUGGGGAAAAAGAACUCCUCUUAGGGUCUCCACUUGACAAUGUACAGCUCCUGGCUGCUUUUUGCAGAAUGAGGUUGUGCCCUAAAGGCACACUAAUCCCUUAAUUGCUUCAGACAUUCUACUCGGACAAAAUGCCUU